CCGGCAAGCACCUCUACCUUUUUGCCUUCUGGGUGCCGUAGCGAGAGGCGGGGUGCGGCGCGUGCGGUGCAAGGGUGCAGAUGUGUGUGCGUACGUACUAAUUCUGUCUCAUGCUAAGAUACGUGGUGAGAAGCAGGAUAGCGCCAUAGAGGCCGCCGUAACGCGGAGGGGAAGAGGAGCAGCCGUUGCCCGUGUGUGUUGUUGUGCCACUCGGCGCCGGAGUCGGUUCGGGCAAGGCAGAGGUCGCAGACUGCCCGGCAGCAGCAGCUUUUUCGAACGCAAUGGAGGAGGAAUUUGAGCGCGCAGCGAAGGAGGCUACACAGCUGCCAUCUUGCAGUGAUCUAGACAAGUUGAUUCUCUACGGCUUGUUCAAGCAGGCAAAACAAGGAGAUGUCAACACAAGCCGGCCUGGGAUGUUUGAUCAGAAGGGGCGAUACAAGUGGGAUGCAUGGAAGAAGAAUGAAGGAAUGUCACAAGAGACGGCAAGGCAGAACUACAUCAUGAAGGUCAAGCAGCUCAAAGAGGGUUAACGGCUACACGCAUUCACGUGUCUCUGGGUGGGUGUGGGUGGGUGUGUCGAUGUACGGUUGUACCCCUGCUACGGUUUUGAGGACUGUUAGAUACCCCAGUUGAUGAGAAAUUUAAUCAGGUAAGGGGUCCGUAUUUCGAAAGUGAUGGAGGUUGACUCUCUUGGGGCUGGCUCUUCUGCUGAACAUCAUGAAAGGCCAAAGGCAGGCCUUGAAUAUGGCUUUCCGUGAUCAAUACCGUAUUGUAUAGCAAUGUCAAGAGAGACAGCAACGCAGACCUUCAGCGCAAAGGGGUCAAGCAACAACUCUGUGUGUGUGUUGUGUGCGUGCGCACGCACGCGCGCGUAUGUGUGUGUGGCCCGAGUAAUGUUAUAUGUGGGUUGAUGAGAAAUAAAAUCUAUGAAAUGAUGAUGAUGAAGCUUGUGAGAAAGGGUUGUUAUUUGACAACAGGUUGUGAAGCAGGAGUGUGGUGAAGAGGGGCCGUGUGUCGUUGCGUCGUCGUUGGACUUUAGUACAACAACGGUGUUCAUGAAGGUCAGGGGGGAAACUGGGCGACUUAGAGUUUGUUUGCAGGCCAGGUGUGUGUUCUGUUUAACUUGACUCGUGGUUAUUGGAGGUUAUUGGAGGUUAUUGGAGGUUAUUGGAGGUCUGCUGCCGCUGUUUCUGCUGAGCUACCGUCUUACCGUCUUUCCCCCCGAGCGUAACGUGUAUGCAAUGCAGUGCAUUCGAGUUUUCACAAAAGCAUUGGUGAUUCCAAUAGAACACGUAUGCGUUGUAUUCAAUUCAGUUAUUUUCGAAUAGGAAGGGCUGAUUUCGAGUAUAGCGUGCGUUGUGUAUAUUUGUUUACAAUGCAUAUGAGUUAUGUUCGGAGGAAGGCAGUUGGCCGCUUGGACGCUGCGGUUAACAAGGGGGGGGGCGUGGGUGGGCAGAUAGGCUGGGCUUGACUUGGCGUGGCUGGGCUUGGCUUGGCUUGGCUUUAUGGAGGUCGGUGGUCUGCGGGCGGGGGUGAAACAAGUUGGCCAUUACGAUCUCAUUUCCUUUGAUAAAGCAUGCCGAAGAAU